ACGUCUUUGAGGUGUGGCCGCUUCUCCGCUCCUCUCUUCGCGUCAGCUGAGCCCUCAUACGAGGAAGUGUGAGCUGCUCGUCUGGCGACAUGGAGCCCGUGCAAGAGGAACCCCGGCAGCGCGACGCCGUCCCUGUCCCUGAACAAGGAGCGGGCCAGGAAGAGCCCCAAGCCGCCCCGGAAGAGGGAGAAGGCGCUCCUCACGACGACUCGGCAGAGGGGGGCGAGGAGGAGGAGGAGGCAGAGGACCAAGACCAAGUGGCGGGCGAGGACGCCGUGGUGUGCGACUCGUGCAUGGAGCGUCCGCGGCGGGCGCUCAAGUCGUGCCUGACGUGUUUGGUGUCGUACUGCGAGGCGCACCUGCGGCCGCACCUGGAGAACGCCAAGUUCCAGCAGCACCGGCUGGUGGCGCCGCUGCGCGACAUCGAGCGCCGCACCUGCGAGUGCCACAAGUGGCCGCUGGAGCUCUUCUGCCGCGCCGACGCCCGCUGCCUGUGCCGCGACUGCCUGGCCGACGACCACCGCGGCCACGACGCCGUCCCCGUGGCGCAGGCCCGACGCCAGCUGGAGAGGGAGCUGAAGGACAAACGCGGCGAGAUGACCAAAACGGUGACGGCGGCGGAGAACGCCAUAGACAAGCUGCAGCACAACGCCGUGUCCAUCCAGAACUCGGUGACCCAGGUGCGGGACGUGGUCAGGGCCCAGUUUGAGCAGCUGCGGGCGGCGGCCGAGAAGGCGGAGAAGCAGGUGAGCGACAUCCUGGAGGUGGAGGAGAAGCAGGCGCUGGGCCAGGCCGAGGGCAUCCGCGCCCACCUGGAGCAAAGGUGCGGCGAGCUUAACAAGACGCGGGCGCAGAUGGACAAGCUCUCCCGCCACAAGAACGACGUCGACUUCCUACAGGAGUACUGCGAGUGGAAGGAGGAGGCGUCGGACAUCUCGCUGCCCGGCGUCUACAUCGGCCUGAUGGACGGCCUCGAGGCGCUGAGCCGCGUCAUCGCCGAGGCCACGCAGGAGCUGUGCCACACGCUGGCCACGUCCUUCGUGGACAAGGUCAAGGAGACCUGCAACGCCGACAAGGUGGGCAUCAAGACCACGGUCCAGACCACGGUGGCGGCCAGGCACAGCAGCAGCCUCCCCCAGCCCGUCACGCGAGCCGACUUCCUCAAGUACGGCGCUCAGGUGAGCCUGGACCCGGACACGGCUCACGUCUUCCUGCGUCUGACCGAGGACAACCGCAAGGUGACCAACACCACGCCCUGGCAGCAUCCCUACCCCGACCUCCCCGAGCGCUUCCAGGACUGGCGGCAGGUGCUGGCGGCCGAGAGCUUCUACCUGGGCCGCCAUUACUUUGAGGCGGACGUCGGCGGCGAGGGCACGCACGUGGGCCUCACCUACAAGAGUAUCCAGCGCCAGGGCGGCGACAGCAGCGGCUGCAUCAGCGCCAACAACUUCUCCUGGUGCCUGCACUGGAACGGCCGCAGCUUCUCCGCCUGGCACAGCGGCGUGGAGACGCCCCUCGCCGUGGCCAAGUUCACCCGAAUCGGCGUGUACGUGGACUCGGCCGGAGGCCUCCUGGCCUUCUACGGCGUGGACCAAACCAUGACGCUCAUCCACCGCUACGAGGCCGACUUCCUGGAGCCCCUCUAUCCCGCCUUCUGGUUGCCCAAGAAGGAGAACGUGGUGCUUCUGGUGCCGCCCGGCGAGCCCUUGCCACUCAAGAGCCCCUCUCUGCCCUCGUCCCCCACAAACGGCGUCCCUCUUCCGUGACGGCCGAGACGGGAGGGCCGCGGCGUCUCUUCGCACGUGCACAAUUGCCGAGAACGCGCGUGCGUCCGCGCACAAACCUUCAGAUACAUCAAGCUCCAGAAAUAAAGUUCCAAUGCACAUUUGCAGAGUUUACGUGUCCGCUGAGGUGCCUGUUUGACAUCAACUCAUUGAAAAGUCCUCUCUCCCAAACAUAUCGUAUUUAUUUUGAGCUCAGGAUAACGUUGAAUGACUGAAAAUGAUUCCAAUAAAAAUGAUACAGCACGG